GAAAAAUCCUUCAAAUUCAACUCCCUCGGCUUCAAGAGAUGCCUCAGCGAUGAGCGCCGCCGAACCGCCACGAUGAUGGAGAUACUCACUGUCGAGGACAUCCCGAAUGAAGUGAGGAUUCGCGGGGCGGAGAUGUCGACACGGUGGAAACCCCCGUGAAUGAAACGGAAUUUGGCCUUGAAACGACCCAUGGGCACUUGCGCAUUGCCUCCGUCCAACCGCAAGCGAUGGAGUUCCGCGUGCGCUGUUCGUCCAUCCAGGAGCAUAAGAUCCACCACCCGCCACACCACCCUGACUCUUACUCGCCCCUAGUGUGCUAUUCGUACACGCUCAACACGAUCCUCGGUGUGGGCUGUCUCACCAUUCCUUAUGCCGUCUACCACGCGGGCCUUGUCCUUGGUCUCAGCACUGUCGUUGUCAUGUCGUUCCUCUCGUACUUGACUGUGCUAUGGACUUGUGAGACGCUCGAACGACAUCGCCGCCGCCUCCAACUCGUCCCUCAAGACAAUUCAGAUGACGUCGAAGUUGUAACACUGUGCCGCGUCUACCUCGGCUCCACUGGCGCUCAUCUGUACCAAGUCGCCCUGUACAGCUAUGGCUACGCUGUUCUCGUCGCGUUUGCCCAGGUGUUCAUCGCCGCCACCUCCACGCAGUUUCCUGGCCUGACCACGACCGGCGCAGUUCUUCUUUACAGCGCAGUGGUGAUCCCCUUGUCCUGCGUCGAUCUCACUGAACAGAUUGUCGUCCAACUUUUCUUGACAUCGAUUCGAUUCGUCGCCUUCACCCUCAUGGGCGGCAGCCUCCUUUUGACCCGAUCGAUCCACUCGGGGCACUCUGACCCUCUCCCGCUCGUCGACUUCGAUGGCUUGGGUCUCCUUGUCAGCACAGUUGUCUUUACUCAGUUCUGUCACAUGUGUGUUCCUUCGCUCAUUGCCCCGCUGAAGAAAGAAGCAACUGCGGCUGCCCCUGCCAUUUUCGCCGCUGCUAUGACCACGACCACCUGCAUUUACGUCCUGCUCGCCGUUCUCUGCUCCAUCUCGUUUGGAUCUCACACAUUGUCGAGUGUCAACCUCAACUGGAGCUCUUUUCCGUCGAUGCCGGUGGCAGUUCGUACGUUCCUCGUCUUGUUUCCAGCAAUCGACACCAUCAGUUCGUUCCCGCUCAUCGCGAUCAAUGUCGGCAAUUCCAUUGAGGAUUCGACGUCGCUGCCCAAGGUCAUCAGCCGACUUGCCUCUGCUGUCCCGCCCAUUCUACUCGGGUAUGCGGUCAACGACGUGAGCACAGUGGUGCAUGUCUCUGGUGUGUUUGGCGUGUACCUCGUCCUGAUCGGUCCCGCGCUCUUGUAGUGGACGUCUCAAGCAUCUGACACUGAGCCAACUCGAUAUGCUAGCAUUCUUAGCCACAUUGGAUGGGUCUUUGCGGUGCUCGUCGCUGGGGCUGCUGCCGUCGUCAUCUUGGCGGUGCAGAUUUUCAAGUAACAAGAGAGAAUUCAACUCUCUCAGCCAAUCAUACACGAUGAUUCAACAAUUUAUAUCCAAUCAGAAUUUUUCCAUUCAC